UUACACUUGUUUCAAAUGGGUGUGGAGGGCAGAGGGGAAGGAAGGGGGAGCAGGGGAGGGCAGCAGAGAGAGGCAGAGGGAGGCAGACACCGACACCUAGGCAGUAACACUGAGUGCGCGCGGAGACAGGCGGAUUUCAAUGGGAAGGUCUCUGUGAAGCGCAACCUACCUGUUGGAGCUUUUUGCGGGAGACUGCCGUGCCGGACCCACGCUGAUCGUGGAUCUGCGGGAAGCCCACCGCACUUGCAAGGGAUGAACAGCCCAAACAUGUCUCCAAGACUACUGCUCUGCGCUGUUUUGGCUGUGUACCACGGGACGCGAAUCUGCAGUGGAUUUAAUAUAGAUGAUCGGUUUCCUGUGAUCAAAGAGGGGAAAACCAAAGGGAGCUUCUUUGGAUUCUCUGUAGCUCUGCAUCUACAGACGGAGGGCUCCACAAAGUACCUGCUUCUUGCAGGAGCACCCAAAGAGAAAGCAGAUUCCCUACAAAAUGUCAAUGAAACAGGUGCUGUCUACUACUGCCCCAUUACAACAGACACCACUGACUGCUCCAGAAUGGACCUGGUCAGCACAACAAAUCCAUCUGAGAUGGUGGAGGGCAUGUGGCUAGGUGUGACAGUGGCCAGUCAGAGAGACCAGCCGGCAGGACGUGUGCUGGCAUGCGGUCAUCGCUAUGUGAAGAUCAUCCAAGGCGGCACAGAGGAGCAGCUGCGGAUGACAGGAAAGUGCUAUGUCAGGAGUAACGACCUGACCUUUGACCCCAGCGAUGAGUGGCAGACUUACAGGUAUGAGGUCUGCAACCCCAACUUCGACAUGGACCUUGAGGGCAUGUGCAACAUGGGCAUCUCAGGCGGCAUGACAGACACUGAUGUCUACAUCGGCGCGACAGGCAGCUACCUGUGGCAAGGAAAUGUUCAUGUAACAUGGAGAGAUCCAGAUCCAGUGAAUGCCUGGGACUCUAUAGGCAAAGACUUUGGACAGUUGAAAAGACGAUACAGUUAUAUGGGUUAUUCAGUUGUUGAGGAGAAAAAGCUGCUAAGUCAUGACGAUUACACAGUGGUGACAGGGUCUCCCAGGGACGAGUCCAAGGGCUCUGUGGUGUUCGGGACAAAGACUGACAAAAACAUCGAGCCGGUGCUCAUCAUCCCCGGGGAACAAGUGGGCUCGUACUUUGGGAACAGCUUGGCUGUCACUGACCUCAACAAUGAUGACUGGAAUGACCUGAUCGUGGGCGCCCCUUUUUACUUUGACCGUAUGAAGGAUCAGGGAGGAGCAGUGUAUAUCUUCAUGAAUGAGAAUGGAUCUUUCCAAAAGACUGCCACCGUGGUGCUGAAAGGUCCAUCGGCCUCUGCAUUCGGCUUUGCACUGGCUGCCAUUGGUGACAUCAACCAAGACGGAUUCCAAGACUUUGCAGUGGGAGCUCCAUUCCACGACACAGGAAAGGUCUACAUAUGGAUGGGAAGUAAAAAGGGAAUCUCACAGGAGCCCAGUCAGGUGAUUGAGGGUAAGUCAGUGGGAAACGGAGGAUUCCAGACCUUCGGCUACUCCAUCAGUGGAGGGAUGGACAUGGAUGACAACAGUUACCCUGACAUCUUAGUUGGCUCUCUGGACGACCGCAUGGCCCUGCUCAGGGCUCGACCCGUCAUCCACUUGAGUAAGGACUUCACUGUCGAGCCAAAGAUUGUGGACCCUAGUCAGUGUGCUGAAAAUACACCUUGCAUUACAGCGACUGUGUGCAUGUCUUUCACUCUAAGCAAUGGAAACAAAGACUUCAAGAAAAAUAUCACGGUGAAGUACACAGUGGAGGCCGACAUAGAGAGGAGAGGAAGCCCUCGUGUUCGUUUUAAGGACAGUAAAGAUAACACAUAUACCGGCUUCCUGAGCCUGCCAUCGUCCAAAUCUAUGUGUCAUACUCUGAAUCUGACUGCAGUGACGCCUGUGAGGGACAAACUGGAGCUGGUGGUCUUUUCCCUCAGCAUGUCCUUAUAUGAACAAAAACCUAAAUCCAGACGUGCCCUGCAGAACCUGGACUCCUUCCCAAUUCUCAGCCAGGAGCAGAAACUCUCUCAAAGAACUGAGAUUAACUUUCAGAAGGAGUGUGGCUCUGACAACAAAUGUAGCAGUAACCUGCAAGUGACAGCCCAGUUUGUUGACGAAGAGGAAAAGCCUUACCCCAGGCAGGGCAAAUUCCAGGUACUUCAGUUCAACAGCAGUAUGAAGAUAAUAAGGCUGAUGGCAGAGGUGACCAACUUCAAUGCUGAAGACGCCCACCAGGCGAUACUCAAUGUCACCAUCCCUGACGCACUGAGAUACUCUGGCGUUAGGUCGACGGACCACGAUGUACAAUGCCGUUUGGAGGACACAGUGAUUUGUGAGCUGGGGAAUCCACUUAAAGGCAAUGAAAAGGUGUCACUUGCCCUCAAGUUUGAGACGUCAGGGAUUAGUCUGUACACAGAAGAGAUUGAGUCCCAGCUGCUUCUGUCCACUCUUAGUGAGCAGAGUGACCUGAAGCCUGUGCCUGUGGCCAUGCUGAUUGUAAACACCAUCCUCCCCUCCUUCUCCAUAGCGAACAUGGUGGUGCUAACACAAUUCGGUGGGGAAGUGAUGGGCGAGUCAGCCAUGGUCAACACCAGUGACGUGGGCAGUCUGGUGGAGUUCACCUUCAAUGUGAACAUGGGGGGACAGCCCCUGGGAAACAUGGGGACCCUGGCUGUGGAGUUUGAGUGGCCCUUUGAGGUAGCCAACGGCAAGUGGCUACUGUACCUGACGAAGAUUGUUGUUAGAGGGGAAUCAGAGGUGGAAUGUAACCCUCCUGGAGAAGUUGUAAACCAGCUAAACCUAACUUUGUCAGGGAGCGGACGAAAGCGUACUAAACGGCAGAUCGUGGUGGAUGAUGAUGAUACAACCCAGCCACAUAUUAUUGAGCCACAGGCAGCCGAGACCUACUUGUUGGAAUGCUCCAAGGGGACAGCACGAUGCGUGACAUUUACCUGUCCACUGUUCAACAUGACGGAUUCAGCCAAGAUUUAUGUCCGGUCCCGUUUGUGGAACAGCACUAUGCUUGAGGAUUACUUCAAUGCUCUGAGAGUUACGGUCAGAGGUCAGGCCACACUGAAGCUCAUUACAGAUAAGCCAACCAUCAGGAUGGACAGUCAGACUAACGUGUUUACUGUAGAAAUAGAAUCAGUGGAUAGGGUGGAGGCAUCCUAUGAGCUCCCGCUAUGGAUCAUCAUCUCUGCAGCUGUAGCGGGAAUUCUUCUACUGGGAAUAAUCAUUCUGAUACUGUGGAAGUUUGGAUUCUUCAAGCGAGCCAUCUACUACCGGAUAAUGCCGAAGCACCAGGGGGUGAAAAUUCGUAAGGCUGAGCGCUAUCAGUUCAAUCUGGGAUUUCAGCCUGAGGAGCCACAGAAAAAGUAUUGGAUCACCAACUGGACAGAGAUGCAGCAUUACUACUACUGAGGCUACCACUCACCGGCACGCUGGUUUGACACGGGCCAAACAAAGAACAAUGGGCUCAGUCGAGCCACAUGAACUUUACAGCGCAUGGACCAAUUGUGGAUUACAUUUUUUUUAACUUCAGCAGAUUUCAGUGCAAUAUACUGAACAUUUUGUUUCAGAGAUUGUAAUUUGGUAAGUAUUUUUGAUGAAUGCAGUGUUGUACAUUGGAAUCGGGGUUGCAUUCAAGAGUAAAUUGUAAAUUUGAUUACGUUGCAGGUUUUUAUGUACUGAACUUGGUGUUUGCAUGUUUUUUUUCAUUUCAUUUUUCUAUUUCUGAAUCCUCUGAGAAAAGUUGCUGGUCAUGUUUAUUUCCACCAUGUCUGUUUUCCUCUCUAAUCAGAGGAAUGAGUCUAUUGAUUUUCUCUGUGAUUGUGUAUGUCUUUCCUGCUUUGUCCCCAGGCAUCACUUUGUGGUCAGUGGUUGUAGGCUAUGUAAGGGUUUUAAACCUACAGCAGUCUUUUGGAGAUAAUCUUCAAACUGCACUUAGAAUGUUAUGAGUGAACAAGCAUCUUUAUGUGAAUGUCCAUGUCAGUGCAAGCAUUACCUAGACUUGCAUCUCAAAUACAGUUAUGGUUGUGGCAUGGACCUCAUAUGCAAAAGGUUUUCAGGCUAUGUAGAAAAAUGAUUUCCCUGGUUUCAGGGAAUAAAUACACAGAGGUACAGAGAUAAAUUGGGACUCAUUGGUGAAUAAUAAUAAUAAUUUUAGAGCCCAGCUAGACAUGUUUUAAUUGUCCACAUUAAAUUCCAUGGCAAGAGUCAUCUAAGCACCCCUGCAACAAAUUGAAAAGCAAUAGUUUUUUGUGUGUAUGUAGAAUUAGCCAACAUGUGUUGAUGAGAUGAUGGGAGCACACGAUUAUUAUUUAUUACACUGUCUUGUGUUAUUACAGUAAAGAACCUAUCUGGAUAUCUUGACAGGGAGUCGUGACACUGGAUUAAAUAAUACAUUAUGUUAUAUAUGUCUGGAGACUAAACUCUGGCUUUACUUUGUACAUAGUGACAAGUUAUGUUGAACUGACUAUUUGAAUGCAUAUGUCAUUGGCCAUUUUUUCACGGUCCCUAAGCUUUGUGUUUUUGUACGAGACAGUAAGUUGACACUUGGAUUGUUUCCAAGCCAUUUUGGCCCCCAUUGAGGUCAACCUGCAGCACUGAAAGUAGACUGGAUAACGCUGUUGCGUUACCACUCGAUCACUAGGUUGUGACUGUGGCUGCUACAGAGGCUUCAUUGACUCUGUGAGUAAAGAGGGAAGGGCUGAAAUCAAUGCACAAACUCUGCUCUCUGUGGUGGUGUCGUUCUUUACUGUGCAGUUUCAAUGUAAUUAAAUUGUUUUUAACAA